AUGAGCUCGGGACACAACGAUGACCUGAACCCGUUCCAAAUCCCUGAAGAUGAGAGCAAAGCAUCCGGAGCAAACCAAGCAUCAACACCGUCCUCGCACUCUUCAUUGCAAAAUGGCACCAAUGACGCACGUCCAUCCAACUCGAAUGGCAUUCAAGAGGAUGACGACGACCAGGGCUGGACCGGCUCUUCUUCGCGAGCUCAAAUGACCGCUACGGCUGAUCCUUCAUCCGAUAAAACCCGCUCUUCCUCGCCUUCUUCCGCCCACCGUGCUACCUUUGCCUCGCCACCAUCCAUCAUUGAGAUCAUCGAUGCGCAAAAGUCGGGCGACGGCGGCUCGUCUUUUAUCGUCUAUGUCAUUCAGAACGGCACCGCCGAAGCAAAGAGGAGGUAUUCCGAGUUCGAGGCACUGCGUGAAGCGCUCAUCCGGCUGCAUCCCACCAUCAUCAUUGCGCCGAUACCUUCCAAACAUACGCUCAGCGACUAUGCGGCCAAGCAGAGCAAGGCAAAGGAAGAUGCCACCAUCAUUGCGCGUCGUAAACGCAUGCUUCAGAGCUUCCUGCGCCGAUGCGACAACCACCCCAAGCUUCGGGGUGACGAGGUGCUCCAAAAGUUCUUGGACGGUCGUUACUCUUGGAACGACAUCACUGCUUCGCCUCCACUCGUACAUCUACCCAAGAACAACCUGCGCGCGCCCGUGCAGAACCCGGCCGAUCCGCACGCCAGUCCAGCAUAUGCCCACCUGCCUUUGCCCUCGGCGGUUUCUUCGUUGCGACACCCGAAUCAGCGCUUCAUCGAUUCCGAAGCUUUCACCAAUCGCUUCGCCAAUCAUCUCUCAGGCAGCAUGGAAAAGGUCAAUCGCCGACUGAUGAGACGGUGGACAGAAGCUUCCACCGAUUAUGCUGAGCUCGGCGCAAUCCUCAACGGCUUUUCGCUCACCGAGUCUGGUCAGCUUGCGACUGCCAUCGAGCGAACGGGCCAAGCUGCCGAUGCUGCCUACAUUGCAACAGGUCAGAUGCUCAAGCAGUGGGAAGAGAAGUUCACUGAGCCUCUGCACGAGUAUACACAGUUUGCCGCUAUCCUCCAAAAGCUGCUCAAGUGGCGCCACCUCAAGCAUCUGCAGUACGAACUGGCACAGGAUGCGCUCGAGGCGAAAAAGACGCAGCUGGAAGAGCUGGAGCGCGUCGAGAAUGAGGCCAAGCGACUGGAAGAGGCGUUGGAGCGCGGUGGGGCCGGGUUGGUCAGCGGCGGUGGUCGCGUGACCGGUGGCGGCAUCGACGCGAACGGUAUCCGCGACGGGGUUGGAUCCGGUUUCCGUCCCUCUGCUUCUGUGUAUGGACGAGCCAGCGGAGAGGAGGGCGACAGUGCAAACGACAGUAACGUCAAAGGGCGUGGCAGUACCAGCAACGGCAACGGCGAUGCUACUUCAUCCACAACAGACGCCAACGGCGCUGGCAGUGCACGAUCGCGAGCAGCCUCUCCUCCCUCUUCGCCCUCGAAGCGUUCGUCGUCACGCUCAACAGGCUACGGCCUUCUGGGCGCUAUCACACACACGUUUCAAAGCGUCAUGGACGUUGAUCGAGACGCGUCACGCCGCAGCAACAUCUCGAAGCUUCGCGAAGAGAUCUCUCUGCUCGAAGAAGGGCUCUCGCUCACCUCUAACGAUCUGCACUACGCUACCACCGCGAUCCAGGCGGACCUGGACCGAUUCCAGAGGCAGAAGGUGAGCGACUUGAAGGAGAUGAUGCUCGACUUUGCCAAGAUGCAUCGCGAGUUUGCGCAGGCGAAUCUGGACAACUGGAAGGAGGCCAAGCUGGAGAUUGAUGCGGUGGAGAAACCGGCGGGGAUGCCAGAGAGCAGUCUAACCAGGAGGGAUCGCGAGGGGGUGUCGACGCCGGGGGCGAGUGCACGGAGGAGGUCGUAG